CGCGCCGGCAGCGCUACUGGUGUCCGCUCGCCCGCGCCAUUUUUGUCGAGGGGAACGGCGGUUCGGCCUGCGAUCAUGGCGCUGUUCCCGGCCUUUGCAGGCGUUAGUGAGGACCCCGAUAGUGGGAACCCCAGGAGAGAAUUAGACUGGCUGAACAACCCAAGCUUCUCUGUUGGAACAGAAACAUCUCUGAGCCAACAAACUGAAGAGGCUCCAGCCCUUGUCUCUGAAGGGCCACCACUGACAAGGAGUCCUCUGAAAUCAGAGCCUUCAGAUGAAAGUGAUACCAACAAACUGCUCAAACAAGUGAGCAGAAGAAAGAAGAAAGAGAAAAAAAAGAAAAGGAGGCAUCAGCACCACAAGAAAACCAGGCGGAAACGCUCCCAAUCGAGGAGCACCAGCUUGGAGCCAGACAGUGAUUCUGAAAAUGACUCAUCUUCCAGAAGCAUCAGUAGCAGUAAAAAGGAAUCCAAGAAACCAAAUCAAGAAAAUAAUGCUGCUGCUGUUCCUGGGCCUCGCUUUGUUUGGCUGGAGGACAUUCAGGCUGUGGCAGGAGACACCUUCAGAACAGAUAAGAAACCGGAUCCUGCAAACUGGGAAUAUAAGUCUCUCUACCGAGGAGAUAUAGCAAGAUACAAGAGGAAAGGAGACUCCUGCCUUGGAAUUAACCCUAAAAAGCAGUGUAUUUCCUGGGAAGGGGCUUCCACAGAAAAGAAACAUUCACACAAGCACAUCGAACGUUAUUUUACAAAGAAGAAUGUGGGAUUAAUGAGCAUGGACGGGGACGCCGUUAGCAGGAAACCUGAACCUCUGUCCUCGGAGCCAAUCUCCUUUAUCCCAGUGAAGGGCUCAGAUGAUGGGGUUCCUCCUGCUGCAACCUGGUUGAACCCUCUGGGGAUUUAUGAUCAAUCCACCACACAGUGGUUACAAGGCCAGGGUCCUUUGGAGCAAGAAUCCAAGCAGCCAGACUCACAGCCAGACAGAGAGAAUGCACUUCUCAAAGCCAAGGUGGAGGAGUUCAACAGGAGGGUCCGAGAGAAUCCUCGGGAUAUUCAGCUGUGGAUGGCAUUCGUUGCUUUUCAGGACGAGGUCAUGAGAAGUCCUGGGCUGUGUGCCAUCGAGGAAGGAGAGCGGGAGGAGCGGAAGAGGUCCCUGCAGCUCGCCCUGGAGAAGAAGCUGGCCGUCCUGGAGCGGGCCAUCGAAAGCAACCCGAGCAGUGUCGAGCUGAAGCUCGCCAAGCUGAAGCUCUGCACAGAGUUCUGGGAGCCCUCCACGCUCGUCAAGGAGUGGCAGAAGCUGAUAUUUUUACAUCCCAACAAUACAGCCCUUUGGCAGAAAUACCUUUUAUUUUGCCAAAGCCAGUUUAGCACCUUUUCAGUAUCAAAAAUUCAUAAUCUUUAUGGAAAAUGCUUGAGUACUUUGUCUGCUGUUAAGGAUGGCAGCAUCUUAUCUCACCCUGCUUUGCCUGGCACCGAAGAGGCCAUGUUUGCGCUCCUCCUCCAGCAGUGCCACUUCCUGCGGCAGGCUGGUCACUCUGAGAAGGCCGUCUCUCUGUUCCAGGCCAUGGUUGACUUCACCUUCUUCAAGCCUGACAGUGUGGUGGAGCUGCCCACCAAAGGACAGAGCAAGACCUGGGAAGGGGGAGUGUGGUCUUCCCAGCUGCCCUUCCUGAGGUCUGACCUACACUCUGAGUACAGGGCCCCCGUCAGGACGUUCGCCUGGCCCUCUCUGGGCUCUCCUGGACGCGGCCCCUGCCAGGUGGAAUUCUUUGAGCCCUUUUGGGACAGUGGAGAGCCCCGGCCCGGGGAGAAGGGGGCUCGGGGCUGGCGAGCGUGGAUGCACCAGCAGGAGCGCGGUGGCUGGGUGGUCAUCGGUCCAGAUGAUGAUGACGACGAGCCAGAAGGCGACGACCAGGAGGUGAGAGAUAAGACUCUGCCCAGGUGGCAGGUCUGGCUCGCUGCUGAGCGCUCCCGAGACCAGAGGCACUGGCGGCCGUGGCGCCCCGAUAAGACUAAGAAGCAAACCGAGGAAGACUGUGAGGACCCAGAGAGACAGGUGUUGUUUGAUGACAUUGCCCAGUCUCUGAUUCGGCUUUCCAGCCAAGAUCUGCAGUUCCAGCUGAUUGCGGCCUUCCUGCAGUUCCUGGGUGUGCCUUCUGGCCUCAGCUUUCCAGAUUCCUGCCUCUAUCUGGCCAUGGAUGAAAACAGCAUCUUCGAUAACGGACUCUAUGAUGAAAAGCCAUUGACUUCUCUCAAUCUUUCAUUUUCUGGCAUCAGCUGUAUUGGCCGCACGGACCAGUUGGGCUGUCGGCGCUGGGCCAGGGGUCACAGUCGAGAGGGUGAGGAGUUCAUCCGCAAUGUCUUCCACCUUGUGCUGCCUUUGUUCUCAGGCAAGGAGAGGUCUGAGCUCUACUUCUCCUGGUUACGGUACGAGAUCGCAAAGGUCAUUUGGUGUCUACAUACUAAAAACAAGAAGAGAUUAAAGUCACAAGGAAAGAACUGUAAAAAACUAGCUAAGAAUCUUCUCAAAGAGCCAGAAAACCGCAACAACUUUUGCCUGUGGAAGCAGUAUGCGCAUCUGGAGUGGUUGCUUGGCAACACAGAGGAUGCCAGGAAAGUUUUUGAUACAGCGCUCAGCAUGGUGGGGAGCAGAGAACUGAAGGAUCAUGAACUCUGUGAGCUCAGUCUACUGUAUGCUGCACUGGAGGUGGAGCUGUUGCCAGACUUGGGAGGGGCCACCACAGCCCGAGCCGUCCACAUAUUAACCAGACUGACUGAGAGCAGUCCCUGUGGGCCCUACACCGGGCAGGUCUCGGCCGUUCACAUUUUGAAAGCUCGGAAGGUUUAUGAGCACGCAUUGCAGGACUGUUUGGGUGAGAGCUGUGUCUCUGAUACGGCUCCCACCGAUUCUUGGAAGCGCCUGAUAAGCCUAGUUAAAUGCUUUAUGCUUUUCCAGUAUCUGACUGUAGGCAUCAAUGCUGCUGUGCAGAUAUAUGAGCAGGUGUUUGCAAGAAUGAAGGGCUCUGUUUCCCCAGCAGGUGCCAGCCUGGAGGACAGUGCCAACCCCCUGGGUCUGAGCAGUGUUCUCGAGGCCGUCACCUUGAUGCACACGAGCCUGCUCAGGUUCCACAUGAAGGUCAGUGUUUACCCGCUGGCUCCUCUGAGAGAAGCACUCUCUGAGGCUUUAAAGUUAUACCCAGGCAACCAGGUUCUUUGGAGGUCAUACGUACAGAUUCAGAAUAAGUCCCACAAUGCCAGUAAGACCAGAAGAUUCUUUGAUGCAAUCACCAGGUCUGCCAAACCCUUGGAGCCUUGGUUGUUUGCAAUUGAAGCUGAGAAAAUGAGGAAAAGACUGGUGGAAAGUGUCCAGAGGGUAGAUGGUAGAGAGGUACAUGCCACAAUUCCUGAGACUGGCUUGACACACCGGAUCAAAGCCCUGUUUGAAAAUGCGAUGCAGAGUGACAGCGGCAGCCAGUGCCCCUUACUCUGGAGGAUGUAUCUGAAUUUUUUGGUUUCCUUAGGAAAUAAAGAAAGAAGCAAAGGUGUGUUCUACAAAGCACUUCAGAAUUGUCCUUGGGCAAAGGUGCUGUACAUGGAUGCUGUGGACUAUUUCCCUGAUGAGAUGCACGAGAUCCUGGACCUGAUGACCGAGAAGGAGCUCCGGGUGCGCCUGCCGCUGGAGGAACUGGAGCUUCUGCUUGAGGACUAGAGACCAGGAGCAGGGCCGGGGCCAUGCCUCUGAGGCCUCAUCACGGACUGCCACGAGCCAGGAUGGACGAGAGACUGUGACGCACGUGUUUGAGUGUGUGUGCAGCCCUCUGCUUUUGAAGGUUCCCUUGGUAAUUUGUGUCUGGGUUAUCAGUCUCUCACCUCUUGCACAUUUUUUUUGAUGUGCAAAUGACACAAAAGCUAUCAGUCUGCAUAUUAUAUAUGUAAAUGUUUACAUGGACAGAAAACAAUCAUGCCAUGUAGUAACUAAACCCAUCGUGCUUGGUGUGCAAAAUGUCAUCUGUUCUAUUCUUCCUCUGCCCAGCCAGCCCCAGCCGUAUGUACCCCAUUUAACAUCCUUGGGUCCUGCCAAGUCUUCUGGGUCUUGCCAUCACAGUAAGAAAGCUCUUGUUACUCAACACUAGGACCUCCUCCCCUGGGCUGUUUGUUAGUGAGAGAUUUUUGCCCUUCAAAACAGCAGUGGGGAGUCAUUUAAAACUUGGUGUCCCAGCCUGUGUCAAGUAUUCAAAGUUUUUCAUGAUUCUCUAAGCCCUACUCAGAGACGCCUGUCCGUGGACCAGCAGUAUCACCUGGGAGCCUAGUAGACAGAGCACCCCCCAGCCCUGCCAAGACUAAAUCUGCACUCAAACAGGCCCCCCUGGGGACUGUGUUCACACCACAGUGUGGGAGGCACUGCCUGGAGAAGUAAGGGCCCCCGCUGCAGGGAAGCGUGCGGGAGAGCAGCCUCUCAGCACGGAGCCUCUCAGCCCUCCUACCAGACCAGCCCUGUCCGUGCCACGUGCUCCAGGUGCAUGUUGGCACAUCAGCACUGCCUGGUAUGGAGGCCUGACAGGUUGUGCUCUUUUGAUUUCUGAGGGCCAUGAAAGGAAUGAAAUGGAAGUACCCCCACUCAGGCCAUUUAUCGUCACAAAGAGAUUUAGUGCCAUGCAGUCAUUUUCACCACUAAUAACAGUUGGGAGGAAACUGCUUUUUCUUCUUUGAGGCCCUGCUCUAAAAAAAAACCUGCUCUGGCUUUUUAAAAAAUGGUCUAAUUGCUGAAGACAUAUUUCUUUGGCACUUCAUCCAGAAAAGCUUGUGUUGUGGAAUAGAAUUUUGGCUAGAAACCAGACACUCAUUGGGAAAAAGCAGGGAGGGCAACAGAGCUACUGUACUUCCUGGGAUGGCACCUCAGAGCACCCAGGAAGCUGGCCAGCCAACCAGGUGGACGCUGACCUUGAUCUGCCCCGCUCACUGGCUUUAAGACUGUACAUACUGUACAGGAAGGAAAGGGAAGCCAGGAGAUGGAGAGAUGAGGACGCUCUGACACUCCUGAGAGGGAUGAGGCUUCUGAGCCGAGGCCAGGGGCAGCAGGCUGGCUGAGGUCUCCAGCCCUGACCCUCUGAGACUUCUCUUAGGAACCCUCAAUCUCUAGCAACACCAGCACUUCUUUCCCACUCCGAGUGCAAAGAACCCCAUAUUUCACAGACCUUCCAAAAGGGAAACAGCCUUUGUUGCUUAAGACUUUGUGGUCAUGACCCUCUUUUCCCCAUCAGCUGCUGCUGUACGAAUCUACCGCUUGCUCUGGGGGUGGGCAGGGUUGGGGGGCAACAGGCAUUGAUGUCUGCAUUCCUUGUGAUCGCCCAGAACUUCCCAACACCCGGACCUAGCUGCUAGUUAAUGCUGAGCAGCAGGUGUGGAGGCUCCAGAAAUAGGCUGAACAGUUUGAGAAGGAGCAUGCUUUACUGGGAGGAGAGCACCGCGCUGACCCACAGACCAGCGCGGCCCGGCCGGCAUCCUACCAUCAUGCUCAAAGAGGUACACGGAUGUUCUGCUAAAAAAGAUCGACUGGAACGUGGAUUAUGCCAGGCAAUUUCUCUGACCUCAUGUCUCUGAGGGGAGUCAGGAGACUCCCAACCAUUUCCUUAUAGGCAACUGUGGUCCACUAGAGAUAGAGCCCCUCAGGGGUACCUUCUUGUUUUUUAUAAAGAACAUUUUCUUUAGAUUUUUUGAAGUCUUCAUUUGUUACUUUCAUUCUUCGUUCCCUCAAGGCCAUCAGACCAGCUUCUGUGCAGAUUGCCUGUAAGAACAGUAUGUUCAGAAAGUGAAGUAAUUUUUACUUUUUUUCUAACUCAGAGCAAGCUAUUUUGAAAUAAGGUAUAAAACACCCAGACUAAACACCAAUUACUUAAACCACUUGGGAAAAGAUGGGACUUUUUAUAAUGUUUUAAACAUUCUAACUAUUUUCUCAAAGGAUGUGAGGUGAUUUAACCUGGGAGUGAUUAAGAAAGACUGGCCCAGGAAUUGAGGCUCUGGGUUCUGACCAGCUUUGUGGCCUGGCAGGUCACUAAGUUCUCACAGCUCUGCUUUCAUUAAAGGGAGUAGUAUUCCCAGGAAAUAGAUGAAAUUCAGAAAUUUAAGGCAACAGAGACAUCCAUUUCAUUUACUUAUAGGAAACGUACUAUUUUAAGUUUCGGCACAGUAUUUAUUUUCUCGACAAUUACUUGCAAAAGUAAAACAACCUAUGGAACAUGAUGUGAUAAAAACAUUAAAAACUAAUUCUGGUCCUGAAGUUUCUAUCUUGUUAUAGCCCUCAUGAUAAUUAUUUCAAAUGGUUUAGUUAGAA